CCGGGGACCUUGAUCGUCCCACUCCCCGUCCGAACCAGCAAUUUUCUGACCGUAGCUUCGCACCGUAUUUUUUUCGGCCGGCCGGUUUUGCUAACCUCCCACCUCAACACCGCAGGAUCUCACCCCCGAGCACUGGCGACGGCCGAAAACUGCGCAUGACCAUGGCCGCUCGCUCGACAGUCCUUCGCGCAGCCUCACGAACAUUACGGGCUCCAUCGAGACAGCCCGAUUGCUUUCCUUUCGCUCCUUUCGCUUCUCCGUCUCACCCCGGGAGACUAUCCUUCAGCACUACGACGCGCAACCGACAGCCCGAGCUUUCCUCAACAUCCGCGCCCGCGCCUGGCGGUAAUGGCUCGAGCAGUAAGAUCAACAGGGACGGAACAACGCACUUCGGGUUCCAGGACGGCUUUUCCGAGUCCGAGAAGACGGAGCGGGUAGCCGGCGUCUUCCACAGCGUGGCCGAGUCCUACGACCGCAUGAACGACCUGAUGUCCUUCGGCUGGCACCGAGUCUGGAAGGACCACUUCGUCUCAACCCUGAACCCAGGCCUCUCCUCCUCCGUCCCGCCCAAACCCCAGCGCAUUCUCGACGUCGCCGGCGGCACAGGCGACAUCGCCUUCCGCAUGCUGCACCACGCGCACAACCUCAACGCGAACCCAGGCGUCCACGUAACCAUCUCCGACAUAAACCCAUCCAUGCUCGCCGUCGGCAAAUCGCGCUCGCAAUCGCUCCCCGCGUCCCAGCAAUCCAACCUCUCCUUCCUCGAAGCCGACGCCACCGCGCUUCCCGCCAGCAUCCCCGCGAACUCGAUCGACCUAUACACCGUCGCCUUCGGCAUCCGGAACUUCAGCAACGUGCCCGCCGCGCUGUCCGAGGCGUACCGCGUCCUCAAGCCGGGCGGCGUCUUCGCCUGCCUCGAGUUCAGCAAGGUGCGAUCCCCCUUAUUCGACGCCGUAUACAAGCGCUGGAGCUUCGGCGCCAUCCCCCUGAUCGGCCAGCUCGUCGCCGGCGACCGCGACUCCUACCAGUACCUGGUCGAGAGCAUCGAGCGCUUCCCCUCGCAGGACGAGUUCCGCGGCCUGAUCGAGGACGCCGGGUUUGUCGUUGGCGGCGACGGGUACGAGAACCUGACUGGCGGCGUGGCGGCUAUACAUAAGGGCAUGAAACCUCUACGAUUUUUUGGGUCUUGAAGUCUAGUUACCUAGGUAGGUAAGCAGGCUUGGGUACCGGAGCCUAUGACUGAUGAAAACAAGGGGGAAAUAAGGGGGGGAAAAGAAGAGGUUUGUACAUUACACUUGCAUUAUCCGGUCACCCUCGGCGGUACGGGGGCUAUAGACAAAAGGAAGCAAAAAGGCGGGAGAGACCACCUCUCUUGGCUCAUUGUAGCAUAGCAGCUGGAGCAGAACUCGUGCGGCUCGCUCCGCAUAACUCUCCCCUAAUAAAGAACUUGCAUAUGACUGAAAAA